AUGACAGAUGCUCAGUUUGUUUUGUUUUUGAAUAAAAAGCGCGCCCUGAUUCUGCUCGUUGUGGUUUUUGUUUUCCGAUUUAAUAUUUUAGUGUAAAAAGUGUAGACAUGCCUUCUGAGAUGUUAUACACAGAUGUUCAUCGUGCAUUUCUGCAAGCUCUGUCACAUCAUGGCACAAUGAGUGCUAAGCAAGCCUACCAAUCGUUGCUGGGUGCAUAUGCUAGAUACCAUGACGACGAAACCGUCCCCACCGAGGAUCAGGUUGCGGACGUGGUUGCCUCCAUCAACAGUAAACUGUUCCGGUACGAUCAGCGGGUGGUGUUUGUCCACUACGAACCGGCCAACACGGACUUUUACGUGUUCUGUAAUCAAACAGAAAGUGCGAUCGAUCGGCUGCAGAAUUGUUACACCGAAUCGGAGCUGAACCUCUUUCGAUUGCUACUGAGGGAGCUGGCCUGCAGCGAGGAACACAAGCUGCGACCGAUCACGUGUCUAAAUCUGACGUCGGAGAUUGCGGGAAAGCAGAUCAGUAAGGUGCGUGCAGAGGAACUACUGGAGGAAUGGGAAAAAUCAGGCUACUUUGUUCAGCUGGACGGUAUGUGGUACUUUGGACCGAGAGCGACCGCUGAGUUUGAUCGCUAUCUGUGUCAGAACUUUGAGGAACAGAUGCACAAGUGUAAGCUGUGCAACGAGUCGGUGUUUUAUGGAAUUAAGUGUGCUACGUGCCCGCUAUCGUUCCACAGAGAAUGUAUGAAUAAGUACCUUAAACGAUUAACUAAGUGCCCUGGUUGCAAAGAGAUGUGGGCUUAUCCUGUUGCAUGAGAAAAAGCCUCUUUUAUUUUAAAUUAAAGUUUUUUGUCAUUGUUUUAUGUCGAUUAAGAAUUUUAAAUAUGUAUUGAAUAGUCCUAUUUUGCAUGGAAAUAUAAAAGGCGAAAUCAA